GUUGUCAUAGUUGGGAACCAAAUGAACUCUCGGGAAGCUACUUUAGUGGCCACCGCAACUGUGUUUGGUGCCUUAGCCUCCGCAAUAGCUCUCCGCUUCUUUUACCUCACCCAGAAGCAUCCAUCCAAUGUUAAAUCCUCGCAAAACGGCACCGUUUCCUCUCCUCAGGACCCUUUCGACCCCUCCAAGCGCAAAAGAUACUUGUCGUGGGAUGACUAUUUUAUGGCAAUUGCAUUUUUGUCUGCUGAGAGGUCCAAAGAUCCUAACAGGCAGGUGGGGGCUUGUUUGGUGAGUCAAGAUGGUAUAAUUCUUGGCAUUGGUUAUAACGGGUUUCCAAGAGGGUGUUCUGAUGACAAGCUACCCUGGGCAAAGAAAUCCAGGACCGGGAAUCCUUUGGAGACCAAGUACCCUUAUGUUUGUCAUGCAGAAGUCAAUGCUAUUCUCAACACAAAUCAUGCUUCUGCUGCCGGACAGCGGCUAUAUGUGACCAUGUUUCCGUGCAAUGAAUGUGCUAAGAUCAUAAUCCAGUCAGGAGUUUCUGAGGUCAUUUAUUUUGUGGAGAAGAGAUUAGAAAAUUCAGAUGUUGCAUAUAUUGCCUCUCACAAGCUACUUUCAUUGGCUGGCGUAAAGAUCAGGAAACAUCAACCACUGAUGAAUGAAAUUCAUCUGAAAUUUGAGGAGCGCUAG